AUGGCCAGUACAUCCAAACUCUUCACUCCUAUAACCAUCGCCAAUGGCCGAAUCCAUCUCCAACACCGCAUUAUCAUGGGCCCCAUGACCCGAAACCGCGGUAUGCCCUUUUCAGAGGGUACUCCGGAGGCACCCAACCGCAUCUGGCUAGCCGACGACCUCGUCGCCCUAUACUACAGCCAACGUGCCUCCCCUGGUGGCCUGCUGAUUACAGAGGGAAUCCCGCCUUCCAUCGAAGCGAGCGGCAUGCCCAACGUUCCCGGACUAUUCGACGAGUCCCAGCUUCCCGGUUGGAGGAAAGCCGUCGAGGCCGUGCAUGCUAAAGGGGGGUUUAUCUACGCACAGAUAUGGCACGCAGGUCGGGCAACGGUACCGCAAUUUACGGGGACGGUUCCGGUGAGCGCGGCUGCGACGCGGUGGGAUACGGAUGAAAAGUUUCCAUUUCGGACUCCGUUUACGAAGAAAAAGGUAGCGUAUCAGGACCAUCCGCCGGUAGAGUUGUCCAAGGAGCAGAUUGGGAAGACAAUUGAGGAUUUUGUCAAGGCGGCGAGGAGAGCGAUGGAGGUUGGGUUCGAUGGGGUGGAGAUUAAUGGUGGCAAUGGGAAUUUGCUGGAUCAGUUUCUCCACUCAAACAUCAAUGACCGGACAGAUGAGUACGGUGGCACGCCAGAAAAGCGAUGCAGGUUCGUCUUGGAGCUCACCGCUGCACUGGCAAAUGCCAUCGGUCCUGCCAACUUGGCCAUACGCAUGGAGCCGACGGGGUUGUACCAACACACCAGAGGCACCAAGCGAGUCGAGACAUGGUCGUACUUGUGUCAACAGCUCGCACAUACGUACCAGGGAGACAAUAAACUCUCAUAUGCUCAUUUCAUUGAGCCUAGGUUCGACCGCAUCGAUUCUGAAGCCGAGAAGGAGGGCUUUUACAAGUCGUGGAGCUUGCCCGAGGUGUCAAAUGAGCUGUUUAGACAGAUCUUGAGCGAGAAGGGGAUACCAUGCAUAUCAUGUGGAGGCUGGGAUGACAAGAACGCCGUCGAGGCCGUCGAGAGGAAGGGGUGGGAUGCAGUGGUAUUUGCGAAGUGGUUCACGAGCAACCCUGAUCUGUCGGAGAGGAUCCGUAACGGACACCCUCUGGCUACACCCGACAGAAGUCGAUUCUACGGUUCGUGGGAUGGGAUAAGGGAAAACGGGUACACCAACUACCCGACAUAUGACGAGGAAGUCAAAGCCGAGGUUGAAAAAGAGAAGAAGCUUCCAUCGUAG